AGAGGGGCGCGUGAAGCCUCGCAGCGAAGCCCGGGAGCGAAGCCUGAGGCCAGCAGGAGUAAAUGGCCAAACUCUAGCGAGAACCGUCCGAGGGAAGGAAGUUCCAGCAACGCUCUUUUCUCUCCUUUAUUGCGAAGGAAAGGCCUUUCGCGUGUCUUGGGAGGCGUUAUUGCAAGCACCGAGAGCCAGGAACUUCGUGUGUGGAGUUUCUGCUUGUCAGAUGUGUCAAGGGGAUUCUUUACUCCCCUUUUUUAAGUAUACAGGAGAAACUAUCAGGAGAAAAGAACACCUGAACAUUUCCAUCACUUCAUGAAAAAAAAAUCAACAUACAAAAAGAAAAGAAAAGGAAAUCACAUCAGAUCUAUUGCACACUUCCGUCUCCCUUCGCGUCUGUGAGCCGACUGACCGUCACGCCUGCGUUGACCCUGUUGUAGGAAGCGCCAACGCCCUCUGUGCCCUGGCCUGAUCCUGGUGCCGUGCCAAAUAACAACAAUUUCCGGGACAGCGACCUCCACCCCUUAGUGAAGAGUUAAUAAACAAAAAUAUUGUCCUAGUGGGCCGCCUUGGAAUACGCCUGCAAAAAAAAUCAGGUCUGAAAAACCUGGAGCGCGAGUAAUGCUUCCCCCGCUUGUGACGUCACGGUGCUGCGAAAAGUACGGUACAUCACUGCCAGGCAUCGCUAUUCGUACAAUCACACUUAUAUUUUGUAAUUAGCCACCUGUUCCACGUUAAGGAUUAGGUCAUAAAACAAAAACAAAAAGAGCGAAAGAAGCCUUUGGUUCCCCUUGGUUCCGAGGGAAAAAAAAAACACAAUCGGCAGCCUCCCGCGCGGCCACCGAGGUGAUCUCUAUGCGACAGUCAGCUGUAAGCCGUCAGUUGGCUCUGAACCGCUGAGCUCGGCGUAACGCCUUCGCCGGAUCCAACACUUUCUCUUUUUCUCAAUCCUUCUCUAAGGCAGACGUGUCACGCGGUGUAGGGAUGAAUCCUUAAUUCUCUUAUUAAAAUCGACCCGCGUUGUUAUCACCACGCGGUUUCAACACCUUUCCCUCCCCACAUAUACGUGAGCCGAUAAGUGAAUCAAUAAGGAAAUUUAAAGAUUUAUGUGUCUUUCCCGAACCGGAUCCGAGGAUUUACUUCAGUGAAUAAGAUACGGUGUAUGUUGCAACAGCAGUGAGAAGAGAAAUAUCAAACAUUACUCCUAUGAUACAGUUGUAAUUGAUUCUAAUCAACAAAAUUAAUUCGUGAGUGGAGAAUAAUCACGAAUUCCCGGUCAUAAAAGACAGAACGAGAAAAGUUUCCAUCUUUUAUCGGCAUUCAUCGCUACCAAAGUCCUUCCCAGAUCCGAAGCCACAAUGGCACCCAACCUGCCACUCGACUCCCUGUGGCGCGACAGCGACGAGAACACGAGCACCGAGGCGCUCGACGUCCCCGGGGCGGUGCCGCAGGUGCCGGAGCUCUUCAGCCCGCACCUUCCGCAGCACUUCCAGGACCCUGACAGCCCCAACCUCCACCUGCAGCAGCAGUUUGCGCGGCAGAGUGUGCCUCCAGCCUCUAAGCCUCGGCCAAGAUCCACUCUGAGGGCCUUCGUGCCCACUCAAACGCCACCUUCAAGCACAAGCAUUCCUGGCGGAGGCGGAGGCGGCCUCGCGGGCGGAGGAACUUCGGGCGUCGAGUCUCCUCGCGGCGGCGACGCGUCGAACAGCGGCACGAGGAACCUCCACUUCCCCGGCGUGACAAACCUCCGCGGCGCCGACGGCAGCGUCCCAGGCCUCGCCACCGACGCCAUGGACGGGAAGGCUGUGAAUUUCGACGUCAGCCAAAAGACUCCGCUCGCUUCCGGCAGUGCCCCGGGGGGUCCACAGGGCGCUCUCCGCCCCGCGAUUCUCCACGGCCACGGACCCUCGCCUCCUGAGAGUGCCUCUGCGCCCUCCCCGACGAGGUUCCCUGCGCCCACACAUGACAGUAUUCGUCCAAAGGACACCAAAGAGUCGAGCCGAAGCGCCGGGGGAGCCGCGGCGGCCGCGGGCGGGAAACCCGGCGCGACCGCGACCAGCCCGCAGGCGCCCAGCUCCACCACGACGCCCCAGACGAUAGACCCCGGCGUCCUCAAGCUCCCCGGACACGAGCCCGAAGCGCCCGCGGAUCUGGUGCUGAUCCACCACGAGAGGGCCAUCGACGUCCACAACCAGACGGGCUUCGACGGCAUCAUCGUCAGGGACGACUCCACCUCCCUCACGCCGGAAGGUGCCACAGCUUUGAUUCUGGUCGGAACAUGCAGCGUUUUCCUUGUCCUGAUCUGUUUCAUAAUGUUUGUCCAGAAAGUACGCAAGCAACGUAUUGAAAGAAAGGUUUCACAGGAGGUUGAUGUCGUAAAACCGCCAGUAUCCUACGAUUCCACAGGGAUGCCGCCACAUCCUCAUCCUCUUUCCCUUAUUCCUCCCGCGCUCUUACACGCCCUGACCCACCCGACAGGAACCAAGGGGGACCUCUUUGAAGACCACAUUCAGCCAUCCUUCUUGACCAUGGAACCUCCUCAGACGCUCAACAGUCUUGGUCGACUCUGGUUCUCUGUUUGCUAUGAUUACGUACAGCAGACGCUCGUCCUGAAUAUUCUCCAUGCAAGGUACUCGAAGGGGCGCGGCUCCACCACCAACCCCGGCGAGGUGUGGGUGGAGGCGUGUGUCCUGACGCCCAUGAACGCCGUCAAGGCAUCUCACAAGACGGGCACGCGCAGAGCCAGCUUGGCGCCCGUGUUCAAUCAGAAGUUCAUUUUCAAGGUCGCUGACGAGGAGGUGACCCAGUUCCUGGUGCGCAUGACCCUGUACGACCGCCACCCGCAGCAGGGCGAGAAGGCGGUGGGCUCCGUCAUCGUCCCGCUCAGCACCGUCGACCUCUGCUCGAAUGAGACGGUCUCCAGGGACCUGCAGUGAUCGCCCGGAGGAGCCUGGGAUAUCGCAGGUGCCUUGGCUCGGCGCCGUCGGCUUUCCUUCGGGUGGACUUGUAAUACAUGGAUAUUUAUAAAGUUUAAAAGUACACAUAUGUGUGUGUACAUGAAGAGUUAUAUUGUUUCGCGAGGCGAUGAUCAA